CGAGGCGCCGCGGCCAAUCGCCGGGCCCGAGGGGCGCCGGGUCGCACGGGGCCCGUCUGCGAUUGGCCGCCUGUCUCUACACCUCAUCAUGGGGACUGGGAGGCGAUCGGCUCAGACCGCGCAGGUCAGAGCUGGCGCGGAGCCGGGUUCGCAGGACUCUGUUCAGUGAGUUGAAAAGGAUCUCGCAGGCCUGUGGAGCACAGGAGUCUAGAAAGUUGAAAGGGGGCAGUUCAAGAAGGAAAACCUACAUUCUGCAGUGGAGCUGCUUGGAAAGAGGUUGGAGGGCCCAAUGGCUACGAAGUCCCAGCCCAGCGCACCUAAAACCAAGAGCACCAGCGGCCUCACCAACGGCAAGGCUGCAGCCCAAGGGCAGUGGGGCCGAGCCUGGGAGGUGGACUGGUUCUCCCUGGCGAGUGUCAUCUUCCUGCUGCUGUUCGCGCCCUUCAUCGUGUACUACUUCAUCAUGGCCUGCGACCAGUACGGCUGCUCCCUGACGGCGCCCGUGGUGGACCUCGCCACUGGGCGGGCUCGGCUCGCCGACAUCUGGGCCAGGACGCCGCCCGUGACCGCAAAGGCGGCCCAGAUCUACGCAGCGUGGGUCACGCUCCAGGUGCUUCUGUACAUGCUGCUUCCUGACUUCUGCCACAAGUUUCUUCCGGGCUACGUGGGGGGCGUUCAGGAGGGCGCCGUGACUCCCGCAGGAGCUGUCAACAAGUACGAGAUCAACGGGCUGCAGGCGUGGCUCAUCACGCACCUGCUGUGGGUCGCCAACGCCCGCCUCCUCGCCUGGUUCUCCCCCACCAUCAUUUUUGACAACUGGAUCCCGCUGCUCUGGUGCGCCAACAUCCUGGGCUACACCGUCUCCACCUUCGCCAUGGUCAAGGGCUACCUCUUCCCCACUGACGCCCGGGAAUGCAAAUUCACGGGCAAUUUCUUUUACAACUACAUGAUGGGCGUUGAGUUUAACCCCCGAAUUGGGAAGUGGUUUGACUUCAAGCUCUUCUUCAAUGGACGCCCCGGGAUCGUCGCCUGGACCCUCAUCAACCUGUCCUUUGCAGCCAAGCAGCAGGAGCUGUACGGCCACGUGACCAACUCCAUGGUCUUGGUCAACGUCCUGCAGGCCAUCUAUGUGCUGGACUUCUUCUGGAACGAAACCUGGUACCUGAAAACCAUCGACAUCUGCCACGACCACUUUGGGUGGUACCUGGGCUGGGGGGACUGCGUCUGGCUGCCAUACCUGUACACGCUGCAGGGCCUGUACCUGGUGUACCACCCCGUGCAGCUGCCCACCCACUAUGCGCUGGGCGUCCUGCUGCUGGGCCUGCUCGGCUACUAUAUCUUCCGGAUGACCAACCACCAGAAGGACCUCUUCCGCCGCACGGACGGGCGCUGCCUGAUCUGGGGCAGGAAGCCCAAGGCCAUCGAGUGCUCCUACACGUCGGCCGACGGGCAGAAACACCACAGCAAGCUGCUGGUCUCGGGCUUCUGGGGCGUGGCCCGUCACUUCAACUACACGGGCGACCUGAUGGGCAGCCUGGCAUACUGCCUGGCCUGCGGCGGCGGCCACCUCCUGCCCUACUUCUACAUCAUCUUCAUGGCCAUCCUGCUGACCCACCGCUGCCUGCGGGACGAGCACCGCUGUGCCAACAAGUACGGCCGCGACUGGGAGCGCUACACGGCCGCCGUGCCGUACCGCCUGCUCCCCGGCAUCUUCUAGAGGGGCCCCGUGCCAGGAGGAGCCCCUGCGGGGCGGUGAAAAGCGCGGGUCCCAGCCCCGCCCUCUAGGAGCCUCCGCAUCCUCACCUGUUAAAUGGAGAUCUUGCCCCAAGCACAAUCCCCAGGGUUCACACCAGCUGCCUUCUCACCAGCAGAAACACCUGUGUGCAGCGUUCCCAGGGCAAGAGGAUGACCUGGUCUGCCCGCGGAUGACUCGUCUCCUGUCUGUCUGCGGUCCAGACAGUGGGUGUCUGACAUCGAAAGGGACGUCCUCCAGCCCCCUGGCCAGUCCUGCCCUUAGCCCUUGCUAAAUACGGCAGCAGCGGCCCCGCCAGCUCUGCGGGUUUUCGCUGUGCCGCCUUCAGCUCCAGUGCUGCCUGCAUCUCCUGCUCGGCGGUGGUGAGCUGCGGCCUUCAGAUUUUCUCCUUUGCGCCCGCACUGCGUUAACAUUUUUCUGUAGAGGGCGCUGAGGGACGCUGCACAACAAAGUGCCAGCUUCUGGUUCUGGUUCUUGACAGACUCUGCUCAGGUGACCCAGAGACCUUGGCCACCACCAAGGGGGUCUUCACCCAAGCGUUCUCCAAGGAGACCUGAACCCUGGCCUCGGGAGGGGACCCCUUUCUUAGCAUGGCCGGCUCCUCAACCCACAGGUAUUCUUGACUUUUAGAUGUUACUGGCCUGAUAGAGUUAAUAAUCCUUUAUUCAGGUGUACUUGGGAAAUACCGUGAGUUCAGUUCCUGACCACCCCGAUAAAGCAAACACAGUAAGUCCCUGACAUAAGAACAAGUUCUCAUCUGAGAAAGUGUUUGUAAAGUCCAAUUUGUUCAUUAAGUCUAACAGAGUAAGUGCAGGUACCCAGCUGGCACAGUUGGCUGUUUAGUACUGUGCUGUAAUAGCUUUAUAGUACUUUUCCUACAAAUAAAACAUUUUUAAUCUGAUAGGACAUAACUUGAAAAGUAGAGUGGUACAGUAUAACAGCUGGCAUACCGGGGCUGGCAUCGAGCGAACAGGCAAGAAGACUUACUGACUGGAGGAGGGGAGGGGAGGUGGGAGAUGGCAGAGCUGAACGAUGGCCAGCAGCAGCAGACGGAGGGCCAGCUGCAGGGCCACGCCUAACGUUGACGGGACACAUGUUUGCGUCUUUGAAAGUUCGCAACUUAAAGGUUCCUGUGCAGAGGACUUCCUGUGUCACAAUAAAGCAAGUCUCAUGAGU